AUGGCAGCCGAUAUGAGCGGCGAGCAGAUGCAGGCCAAGAUCACCGCGGCCCGGCGCGAAGCUGAAGGCUUGAAGGAUAGGAUCAAGCGGAGAAAGGAUGAGCUGGCCGAUACCACUCUCCGUCAAGUCGCGCAAAACCAAACCGACACUUUGCCUCGCAUCGGAAUGAAGCCCCGUCGGACGCUCAAGGGCCAUCUCGCCAAGAUCUACGCCAUGCACUGGUCGACCGACCGACGUCAUCUCGUCUCUGCUUCGCAAGAUGGAAAGCUUAUCAUUUGGGACGCCUACACUACGAAUAAAGUUCAUGCAAUUCCGUUGAGGUCAUCGUGGGUCAUGACCUGCGCCUAUGCCCCGAGUGGAAACUACGUUGCGUGUGGUGGUCUCGACAACAUCUGCUCAAUCUACAACCUUUCUUCCCGCGAAGGUCCCACCCGUGUUGCGCGCGAGCUGUCCGGACAUUCGGGAUACCUUUCUUGCUGCCGCUUCAUCAACGAUCGUCGUAUUAUCACCUCGUCCGGAGACAUGACUUGCAUGCUGUGGGAUAUUGAAUCGGAACAUCUUCGUCUCGGGCGCUGUGAUGCCUUCGCGAAGCUCUGGGAUAUUCGUACCGGAAAGGCCGUUCAGACUUUCGCUGGACACGAAUCAGACAUCAAUGCUAUUCAAUUCUUCCCCGAUGGAAAUGCAUUCGGCACUGGUUCCGAUGAUACUUCCUGCCGUCUCUUCGACAUCCGCGCGGACCGUGAGCUCAACAUUUACCAGAGCGACCAAAUAUUGUGUGGCAUCACGUCCGUUGCCUUCUCCGUCUCUGGAAGAUUGCUUUUCGCUGGUUACGACGAUUUUGAGUGCAAGGUGUGGGAUGUCCUCCGGGGCGACAAGGUUGGCUCUCUUAGCGGUCACGAGAACCGCGUCAGCUGUCUUGGAGUCAGCAAUGACGGCAUUAGUCUGUGCACAGGCUCUUGGGAUUCUCUGCUCAAGGUCUGGGCCUGGUAG